UUGUUGUUUCUCUUUAUAAACCAAAAAGACUAGAUGAUGGAGGCACAUAAUAUAGACAUGUUUGAACAAGGAAAUUCGAUCGAAACAACAAACUCUAUUAGUACCCGUCAUUUUACCAUAUCCCGGCAGAUCGUGACUACCUUUCCACCAGCUUUAUGGUCGACUUUUCCGGUGCGUGAUGAAUUUAACUCUGACUUGGAAGAAAUUCUAACUGAUCAGGACAGGAUCAAUUCCGAGAAGAAACUCGAUCCUUAUGAAUGGAGAUGUUUAUGUUUAAGGUUUUCACAGGAGGUUGCCCCAGUGAUAUUUACUGGAGAGUGUAUAUUUUCCAAAGGAACCAAAUUGGAAUUGGUUGAUGAUGUUACUGGACAACAAGUGAGACAUGGGCCUCUAGCCUCAGCACAAGUUGAAAUAUUUGUACAUAAUGACGACGAACUAAACAGUCAUAUGAAGAUUCAAACAAGAGGUGACCAAAAUCCAUAUCUGAGGUUGGAAGGAGGUGUUGUUUCGGUUAACAAAAUUAUAUUCAAAUACUCUCCAAAUCAUAUGAAGAAGUCGACUGGGGUAAAGCUAAGAGCAAGGGUUGUCGAUCAACCUCAAGUGAUAGAGGCCGUCACAGGACCCUUUACUCUCAAGGAUAAACGUUCAAAAAGCAAGAAACGGUACCCUCCAUCACCAAGGGAUCAUGUAUGGAGACUAGACCAUAUUUACAAAAAUGGUCCCUUCCAUAAGCGGUUGACUGAAAACGGUAUAAAAACAGUGGAGGAUUUCCUAGUUGAACUCCAAAACAAUCCUCAGAGGCUACGUCAUAUCCUUGGCAAAAGCAUGUACGAAAAUUGUUGGAAAAAAGUCACAACGCAUGCUAAGACUUGCAAUCUUGACGGAAGAAAGUACCAUCACUUGGUCGCGGUUGACGAAUGCCGGUCUUUAGAGUUAGAAAAUACUUCAGGAGCAGCUGAAAGUAACCAGUGGUUAGAGAGUGCUGAAUCUUAUGCAAUGGUUGACCGGCAAUACGAGUCAGAUGAGAUGUCUCUUGAUAUCACAUCUGUGAUUUCAGAAUCAGAAUAUUGGGAGAAAAUUAUGCAAUUUCUUGAUUCAUAGUUACACUACGUACGUUCA